AUGGCAAGGCGUGAAUUCGACUCUCUGGAGGAUUUCGCACAGCUCAUCACGCAGAUUCCACCAUUGGAUGGUCAUCUUGCUGUCGAACAUUUGAAAAACAUCAACGCAAAUCUCCCAAGGUUUAUUCGUGAAUUGGAUUGCUUCUUCAAGGAGCCUCCAAAGGAUGCAUCGCUACGGGAACAAGCCUUAAAGGGAACUGUAUACCUCAACCAGCAAUUCGUGCAAGCAAACGAAGCAUACGGCCAAACUGUAGUCCUCAUAUCAGAUAUAUUAGAUGUGACAGAGAGUCGUGCUACGAGUCUGCUAAGUCAAGCACAAACCCAAGCUGCUCGUUUUGAUCGUGAUGUGCUCAUGACGGCCAUCCUACUAUACCAUCGAGGAAGACGAUACGUCGCAGACUCUCUCGUAACGCUCCUAAAUUUCACCACGGAUGGUCGCAUCAAGGAAUCCAUUCGUCGUGUCUUGCGAAGCUUUGUCGAUGAUAUAUUUGACGGAAUAACAGGUGGCGAAGCACCAGCUACAUCUCCAGUCUCCAAAAUGCUGAAUGCAUUAGAAGACUUGAAGAAUCGGGAAAAGAUAUGGAGUCCUGAUGCGGAGGGGUAUGGAGGCGAUCAAUGUAAAGUAAAGGACGCUACGACUCGAAUGAAGGCUGCGGGGCUUGCAUCGUCGGUUGCGGAAGAUGUGAUUCGGACUCAUGUAGCUCAUCUCAUAAAUACUCGAAAGGAUAUGGUCGUAACUCUAUGGGCAGCAGCUAGAUAUCGACAGCUCACGAUUGAAGAAAUGGCAGCCUUGAUUAAAAAACUGAGAGAGGUCGAAAUGACUGAUCCAACAGCUUUCCCACUUCUUACUACCGUACUGGCUGCUCAGAUGACUCCACCUUUCGAAUCUCCGGAAUCUAAUCCACCUAUACCUGACGAAUACGUAGCUUCCAUUGAACGAGAACUGAUACCUACAACUUGGGCAGUGAAGGAAUUGCAAGCCAUAGUAUGCUUCAGGUGGGCUGUAUACUUGAGGCAUGAAGUGUCUAGGUCUGGAACCAAUCUGACUGUAUCAGACGAACAUAUCCAGCAGAUUGUACGAGCCACUAUUGCACAAGGAGCUCUCCAUCACAUAUAUCGACUAAUGGAAACGCACUCGAAACUACUACACGAAUACAUCCAAACUACACCUUCCACCAACAUGUCGAUUCCAGCUCGUAAUAUCGUCUAUCUCAAGGAUGGUAUCGCCAUCGACACCUUUGAAGCUUAUACCAUAUCAGCAUUCCGAGAUGCUGCUGACGACCUCAUAGCAUCCAUGUGUAGAAAGUUUGGUAGAAUAGUCAAGGAAUUAAAGAAUCACGAUGAAGAUGUCGUACCUAGACAACAACAGCAACAAUUACUACAGCAACAUCAUCAGCAGCAACCAAAAGAUACAUUUGGUCAGCCAGGACCUGAAAUCGAUGCCACAGCCAAUCGACGAGAUUUCGAAUACUUGCUGAAAUUGAUUGCUUUGGUGCAUAGCUUUAGACAUGAUUCUGGGUACGCAUGGUGGACUGAGGUCGAGUUAUGCAAGUUUCUGAAAUGGGCGUCUGAGGUGAGAACUGAGGCGCUUGUUCCAGCUUAUCUGGAAAUGUUGGCUUCACUUGCUCAUGGCCCUCAGUCGUCUGGUAAAGCUUACGAGUUCUUGAGUGCAACAGACCAAUAUAGUGGUUAUGGGCAGCUUGCAGCAUCGAGGGUAUCGUGGAUUGUUUUGUUUCGAACUCUGAAUCAAUAUGCAGCUGCAUUAGCUCAAGCCGAAGGUCGCGAAAUCAGUCCAAAAGAUGCAGCAGCUUUAUGUGCAUAUUUACGUAUAUUAAGAAACGUCGUGCACUUUGAUGAAAUGGCUCGAACUACUCUACACCAAAAUCAACAUUAUCGAGCUGUAUAUGCCCUAUUACAACUCUUUGUUUGUCGGGUCGCAGUAGACGUCAAGGCUGCUUUACUGAAUGCCGUGGCUGCAUUCUGUAUACCCAGUAGUACAGGUGGUGAUUCCAUCACGGUUCAAGUAUGGAGAAUGUUGGAGCAAGCUCAAAUAAUACCACGCACUCCACCGCCACGACCAGGACAAGUCGAAGUUAUAAGUCCUGGACUCGUGCUGGAUUUAGAAGAAGUCGAAACCAACGAACAGAGAUACCCAGAAACUAUUGCCUUCUUGAAGCUGAUGAAUAUAUUGAUGAAAUCACCCACCAUUACGCAAAUCGUGCAACCAGGACCAGUAAACAUGAUGUCUGGUGCUGGAGAUGGUAUGCUGCCGCAAGGGCAUGGUAUGCUGCCAUAUGUACGUUAUGUGCUGGAGAGGUUGCUGUAUAAAAUGGAGAAGAGACCAUUUGCUGAUCCGGAUGAGAAGUGGAGCAUGACCAAGGAAUGUCUGGAAUUCGCAAACUCAUGUUUGGUAUCAUUCGACGCAUGGGUGCAUGAGAUGGGUAUUACACGUCUCAUGACACCGAUCGGAUGUCAUCCAGCUAUAGAAGUGUAUUUCGAAAUCUUUGCUGGUAGACCUUUACUUGGUCUCGUAACCCAAAUUAUUGGCACUGGUGUUGAGAGUGUAAAUGAACGUAAAUGGGGCAACCACAAUGUUGAAUCUGUGAAACUUGCCCUUCAUAUCGUCCACAAUGUUCUGAGAACUCAGAAAUUGGUGUUGGAAUCACUCAAAGCUGUGUCACCCAAUUAUAUUGCUUCCCUUGCAUCGUUGGACGAUCGACUGUCACAUUCGCGUCAGUAUGUCAUUGAUAUAGCUGAAUAUGUCUCAUGUACAGUUGGAUGUGAGAUUCCAUUGGUGUCCAUCCAAAUAUUGGCAGUCUUGUCUCAAUCAAGUUCCUUUAUACGAGCUGAUCGAGGAAGUACAAUAAAUCAACUGGUCUCGAUUCUCGACACAUCAGCUGAAAAGAAACGAAUUAUAUAUGGAUUUAUGAAUCAAAUGACUUUGGCAGAGGGAGAAACUGGAUUUAAUAGUCUUGUUGAACGGGCAUCUGCGGCUGGAGAUUUGCAGCAAGGAACACCUACUACUGCUGAUAUUCGGGCUGCUAUAUUUGAUGUGCUUUUGGCUGGAUUGUCGACUGGAAGGUCUUCUGCACUUGCCUUGUUUCUCCUGGGUAAAUUACGAUCAGAUGGAGAAAUACCACAUCCAGAGUCCGAAGGAGCUGCACUAUCAUGCUUUCACUCUAUUGUGCGCCUAGUCGCUGUAGAACAAGAUGCCGCUCCGAUAGUUGAUCCGAUAGUAGAGAAGGCGCUUCAUGUACUCUUCUACUUGACUCGACAUCCAAAUACGUCUAGAAUGACUCUUCGUUAUCUCCGCCAUCACGAAGGGUUCGUAGUCAAGCAAUUGGCUACACUACCAACGGCUAUGGAAGUGAUUGAGCAAGAAGACAACGCACAGGCUCGUCAUGAACGUGUACUAGCUGAUCGAUUAUGUCUUCAUCAACAAGCAUGGUUGAUGGAUAUAGCAGCUAUAGAGUUACGAUUGCUGCAAUCAACGUCUCAACAAUCUGAGAUUGAUAAAGUUAUGCAAGUCUUGUUGUAUACUGCUGGUGCAUCUCGUCAAGAAAAUAAUGGCGAUGACGAUUUCGGAGAUGAUGAUAUAGUAGGUGGUAGUACUACUGGUGAAGGUCAAUUUGAGCAAUCAUUGCCUCGAAUGAUGGAGGUACUCGCUGGUAUAACUUUGGACCGUGUGCAGGAACCACUUGCGAAUCGACCAUUACAGACACGGUACUUUGGUUUAUUGCAAGCUGAUAUACGUAUCAAUGAGCACGGUGAAGAGAUAUAUGAUGUGACUGCUGUAUUGGAUCGUCUACAUCGUAUGGGAUCACAAAUAGAUAGGGAUGCUGUAGGAUCCGUCCAUAUAAUGGCUAUGAGAGAUGAAAUGAGACUCAUCUUGGAAAAUUUGGUAGAAAAGAAUCUUGAGCAAGAACUCUCUGGUUCUAUAAUCCAUGCUCUCUCAUCGUGGUGUAAAUUGGCUGAUUUCGUUACUCGAAGCUUUAUGUCAUCAGCUUCAUAUGUUGAUGUCAUUAAACAAAUCCUUAAUGCCGUAUUAGCUAAAGCCAAUCAAAGUCCCAUCCAAGUGGAAAUUGCUAGUGCUUUGGCACCAGUGAUUGAAGCGUUGAUUGUCCGUCUCGUUGAACAUCUCUCUAGCAGUGGAUUGGAUGGGACAUAUCAGGCUAUAACACGACUAGUAUUAGACUUCUUUUUACGUAACGAAGAAGCCUUUACACCGCCUGCACGAGCAUCUGCACUAUCCGGUAUCAAUCAACUCUUCCAAGCAACACUAUCAAAGCCAAAGACAUCUGAAGAUGACUUUUGGCCUGGUGAUAAUGGUGCUGACUUGUCCCACUUCUCUACAUAUUGGAAGCAACUUGUGUUUGUAUUAUGUCGAGAUGCUUCUGAUGGUGAUGCUGUGGUCAUGGUACCAGCUUUGGCAUUGCUGGAUACAUUGUGCAGUUGUAUGGAGAGUGUUGAUUCGACUGAUAUAAUUAAUGCUAUUAUUGUGAGGAAUGCUCUUGCUACUUUUAUUGAGUCGAUUGGAUAUGACGAUGAACGGGUUAUAAGAGCUUUGACUGAAGCUGAAGAUGUCGUUCCAAUCUCGAUCUGCAAGCUCAAAUUGCAAUUGCUAGUACGCAUUGCACAGACUCGUGAUGGUGUCAUGUAUUUGCUCAAUAGUAAUUUAUUGGGGAUUCUUACUCGAGCGAGGUUUUUGGAUUACUUCCAAGAAGGUUCCAGAAACCCCGAACUCUUUGAGCACUUUACGCAAAUCACCCAUGUAGUAUUUGAGAUUGUCUUGCAAGUAUUGGAGUAUGCUAGGACAGAUGAGGUCUAUUCGGCCGUGGCAGAAUUCAUCUUGACGCACGCUGAUACAUUCAGAGCGAUAUUGUCUCCACCCAAGACUGCGGUGCUGACGAUCGAAUCUUUACGAGCCAUGAAAUAUGCUAGUGGCCUAUUCAUGCUUUUACGUAAAGGACGUGUGUUGUUGAAUCGUAUGGGCAUUGGAGCUGGUCGUCGCACACUGCAUGGCAUGAUGGUGUCACUACUGGAUAAGCUAUCCAAUCAAGAAGAGCUGAAGAGACGUAUUCAACCCGCUUCGGCUGUUGAUGAUUUCAACUUUAAAGUUCGUGAGCCUUUAUCCAAACGAGGGAUAUCAGUAGCUGAUUUACAAGCAGAGCGUCUCUUCUCGGAAAUCCAAUACAAUGUGUUGGUUUACUGUUUGUCAAUUACUGUUGCUGAUUCAUCAGGAGACGCAAAUGCAGAAAUAUCCAGCUCAUGCCUCAAGAAGCUAUUGAGCAAUAAAAUCAAUCAUCUGCAGUUGUUGGGAGAGGACAGCAAUCAUAUUCAAGGGAUUCUUCGCAAGAGCAUAUCAUUGUCUACGGAAGAUAUGAAGGAGAUUGUCAUGGUCCAUAGCUCAUCUACCUGGAAGGAUUUGGCAGAGAGUGAACGAGAACAUGUUAUUGAAGAAGCCGUCAGAUCAUUUGGUGAAGAUUUGAGUGUUCAAAUACGUUCAACUUGGGCUUCCAUUGAAAUGCUACUGGCAUUGCUUUCUCGAUUACUUCGACGCGAGCUACCUCAAAAGGCUGUAGUUGAAGAUAUCGAAGGGUUGAAGCGAGAUUUGAGCAGGUUGAAGCAACAGGCUUCGACCCAUAUGAACAUGUUGCAGGCCGAAGAAAAGCAGCAAAUGAAUAUGCUCUGGAGACAUGUCGAGAACGUGAACUUGUCGUGA